ACUUUAUGCCUCCAAGUUGAUGGGGCUAAGAUGGUGGAAUAAACAAGUAUGGGGGACUGGAAUUUCCUUGGAGGCAUUUUGGAGGAAGUUCAAAUCCACUCCACCAUGAUUGGAAAGAUCUGGCUCACCACCCUUUCAUAUUUUUGUAUGCUUGUUCUGAGUGUAGCAGCUGAUGUCUGGAAUGAUGAGCACUCUGGCUUCAUCUGUAGUACAGAACCACCUGGCUACAGAAAUAUAUGCUAUGAUCAGGCUUUUCCUAUCUCCCUCAUUAGAUACUGGGUUCUGCAGGUGAUUUUUGUGUUGCCACCAUCCCUGGUCUACAUGGGCCAUGCUUUGUACUGACUGAGAGUUCUGGAGAAAGAGGGGCAGAUGGAGGAAGUUCAACUGAGAGGAGAACUGGAGAGGGUAGAGUUUGAAAUGUCUGGGGAUCGGAGGAUAUUGAAGUAAGAACUUUGUCAAUUGGAGCAAAGGAAACUUAAUAAAGCUCCACUCAGAGGAACCUUGCUUUGCACAUACGUGAUACACAUUUUUGCUCGGUCUGUAGUUGAAGUUGGGUUCAUGAUUGGGCAAUAUCUUUUAUAUGGAUUUCAUUUGGAGCCUCUAUUUAAAUGCCAUGGCUACCCAUGUCCAAAUAUAAUUGAUUGUUUUGUUUCAAGGCCAACAGAAAAGACAAUAUUCCUAUUAAUUAUGCAAUUCAUAGCCACCGUUUCACUUAUCUUAAAUGCCUUAGAAAUUUUCCACCUAGGCUUUAAAAAGAUUAAAAGAGGGCUUUGGGGACAAUGUAAAUUGAAGAAUGAGCAUAAUGAAUUCAACUCAAACAGGUCAAAAUGAAAUCUUGCUAAAUAUCAGAGCACUGAUAUUUAAUCUGUAAAUUCACUGAAGCAACUCUCUUCUGCACCUGAUUAUAAUCUGAUAGUGGAAAAGCAAACACACACAACGGUGUAUCCUGGAAAUUCCUUUGCAUUUCAGGCAGAUCCUAACAAUCAAGAUAGAUUUGAUGAGAAAUGCAUUCUGGAUGAACAGGAAACUGUACCUUCUAAUGAGAUGUGCACACUUCGUACUACCUGUAGUCAUGUUCUAUGCGUCAACUCAAGUAGUAAUGAAAACACUCAUAAAAUACCUGGAAAAGGAAUUAAUGAAAAUUUAAGGAAAAAAAGAGAAAUUGAUGGCACAGACAGCAAAAGAAACCAGUACCCCAGAGGUCACUAUAUUCCAGGUGGUGCUGUAGAUUUGGACAACCACAUGGGUCAGUCCCCUCAAACAUCUUUCUCUCUGCCAGCUAAUUGCAUCGGGGAACCAAGGUGGCUUCCUGCUACAUGGAGUCCCUCUACAGAAAAUGAAAAUUGGGUGUCACCUCAGUCACCUCCUAAAGGUAGCCUCAAGGGCCAGUUCACAGAAGGGACAAUCAGAACAGAUUAAGGACAGCUCUAAAGACCAGGUCUUAAAACGGGCAAAUGCAAAUCCAUUU